AAUGAAGUGAUCUUUAUAAUAAUCAUUCAUUUUGAUUCAAGAUGGCGAAAACCUCAUGUCAGACUAUGAAGCUCAUUUCUGGUGUCUUAUUCACAUUGAUGGUGCUAUUUGUCAUAGUAAAUAGCCAGAAAUCAUCCAAAAAUGCAGCGAAGCUGGAGAGUCGCGUGAGCCAGUUACUGGCCUGGAAUCAGAGGCGUCCUAUUAUUACUCUCUCCUCUGAGAAGUUCACCACUUUCGUCAAGAACAAGCCUCGUAACUACUCCAUUAUAGCGACCUUUACUGCACUCAAGCCUCAACGGCAAUGCUCAGUCUGCAAAGAAGCCUUUGAUGAGUUCACUAUCCUGGCCAGCUCGUGGCGCUACUCCCAGCAGUACUCUUCACAACUGUUCUUUGUCAUGAUAGACAUUGAUGAGGAUGGUAUGGAUGCUUUUCAACUGAUGCACCUCACGACAGCACCCACCUACUUCCACUUCCCUGCCUCUGGUAAAAAGAAACCAGAGGACAAGUACGAUAUAGGCAGGCAAGGUUAUCAGUCUGAACCCCUUGCUAAGUGGGUGGCAGAGCGUACUGGAAUCCAGAUAGCUAUAAUGCGUCCUCCCAACUACACCCUGCUCAUGAUCUGGGUCCCGGUGAUUCUCCUCGGCUCUGUCAUUGGCUACAUGAAGAGAGAGAAUCUACACAUACUUUUUAAUACCAAGUACUGGGCAGCGGCUGCCAUGGUGUGGGUGUUUGUGAUGAUCUCUGGUCAGAUGUGGAACCACAUUCGAGGACCCCCUUUCUCACACCGCAAUCCACAGACUGGCGAAGUGGGCUACUUUAGUGGGACCAGUCAGUACCAGUUCAUCGCAGAGACCUAUUUCAUCUUCGUUUUAUAUGCUGUUAUCUCUGGAGGUGUCAUCAUGAUGAAUGAAAAGUUUGUGUUGUUUGAAGACUUGGGAAUUCAGAAAGUCACCCCGAUGGUGGGCCUGGGUAUUGUAGUGAUUGUGUUUGGCUACCUUCUCUCCAUCUUUCGGCUCAAGUAUCAAGGUUACCCAUACAGUUUCCUUUUCCGAUGAUCGCCUCUCCCAACUUUGUGUGGUAACUCAAUUAUUAAUUAUUCUAGAAUUAUAUUAAAUAUGAAGUCUACUCACUAUCAUUGUGUAACCUUGGCAAUUAUGAUACCUUGUACCAGGAGUAGAAGUUAUAUUUAGUGACAUGAUUCACAUCGUUUACAUUUAUGCAAAAGAUUUAUUUCAAUGUCAAUAAUUAUUAUUAUUAUAAGAACCUUA